GAGCCCGGCCCGCGGGAGCGGCUGGGCGGGCUCGGGGCAGGGCAGCGGUGGCGGGAGGGCGGUGGAGCCAUCCUGCCCCGCACCGAGACGGGGAAGGGCGGAGAGCGCCUGCCUCGCUGCUGCUCGCUGCGGAAUAAACGCCUCUGUGCCCGGCUCGUCUCUGCUCUGCUGCGGGGGCUCGGGGCGGCACCGAGGGCAGCCGGGGACGGCUCUGCUCGAGGCCGGGGAGCAGAGGGGGACGAGCGGCCACGGGGGGGUUUAAACCACCUGUCCUUUGACCCCCCCAGCACUGAGUCCCUGGGGCUGGGCAGCGCUGCUGGCCCGCAGGUGUCAAACAGCCCAGCUGAGGAUGGCAGUGACCCAGGAAAGAGGAAGAGGAGCAGCAUUCCCCCAGAUGGUGGCAGAAAUCUGAGCCUGGACUCCAUUCCGAUGGGAUUGCCAAUGUCCGACCCGAGUGCCUGGGCCACCGCCAUGAACAACCUGGGCAUGGCUCCCAUGGGCAUGACAGGACAGCCCCUCCUGCCUGAUUUUGAUCCUGCUCUUGGAAUGAUGACUGGAAUCCCUCCGAUCAACCCCAUGAUGCCAGGUCUGGGGAUUGUCCCACCUCCCAUCCCUCCGGACAUGCCAGCCGUGAAGGAGAUCAUCCACUGCAAGAGCUGCACUCUCUUCCCACCUAAUCCACAUCUUCCCCCUCCAGCCACGAGAGAGAGGCCUCCAGGGUGCAAGACGGUGUUUGUUGGAGGCCUGCCAGAAAAUGGGACGGAGCAGAUCAUCAUGGAGGUGUUUGAGCAGUGUGGGGAGGUCAUAGCUAUCCGCAAGAGCAAGAAGAACUUCUGCCACAUCCGCUUUGCUGAGGAGUUCAUGGUGGACAAGGCACUUUACUUGUCUGGGUACCGCAUCCGGCUGGGCUCCAGCACGGACAAGAAGGACACGGGGCGGCUGCACGUGGACUUUGCGCAGGCGCGGGACGACCUGUACGAGUGGGAGUGCAAGCAGCGCAUGCUGGCGCGCGAGGAGCGGCACCGGCGCCGCCUGGCUGAGGAGCGCUUCCGCCCGCCCUCGCCGCCCCCCGUCGUGCACUACUCUGACCACGAGUGCAGCGUGGUGGCCGAGAAGCUCAAAGAUGACACCAAGUUCUCAGAAGCCAUCCAGACCUUGCUAACCUGGAUAGAACGUGGGGAAGUGAACAGGAGAACUGCCAACAACUUCUACUCCAUGAUCCAGUCGGCCAACAGCCACAUCCGCAGGCUCGUCAAUGAGAAGGCAGCUCAUGAGAAGGAGAUGGAAGAAGCUAAAGAGAAGUUCAAACUGGCUCUAUCAGGGAUCCUGGUGCAGUUCGAGCAGAUAGUGGCCGUGUACCAUUCUGCCUCCAAACAAAAGGCUUGGGACCAUUUCACGAAAGCUCAGCGUAAGAACAUCAGCGUGUGGUGCAAACAAGCAGAGGAGAUCCGUAACAUCCACAAUGAUGAGCUGAUGGGCAUUCGGAGAGAGGAGGAGAUGGAAAUGUCUGAUGAAGAAAUAGAAGAUCCAUCAGAGAUGAAAGAAACGGAAGAGUCAGCGCUGGUGUCACAGGUGGAGGCGCUGAAGGAGGAGAACGACAGCCUGCGCUGGCAGCUGGACGCCUAUCGCAACGAGGUGGAGCUGCUCAAGCAGGAGCAGGGCAAGGCCUCCAGGGACGAGGACACCACCAAGGAGCAGCAGAUGAAGCUCCUCCAGCAGGCUCUGCAGGGCAUGCAGAAGCAUCUUUUGAAAGUCCAAGAGGAGUACAAAAAGAGAGAAGCUGAAUUGGAAAAAGUGAAAGAAGACAAACUGAAAAUAGAAACGUUACUAGAAAACCUGAAGGAGCAGGAGCACGUUUUGAUCUGCCCUCCACAAAACCCUUUGGAACUGGAAGUUUUUCAGAGCAUGGCAGAUGAAGAGGACAAGGAGGGAGAUGCAGCUGACUGCCAAGGGAAUGAGAGCAGCAUGUCAAGAGUUUGUGCCUGCAGCCAGGAGAAGGAAUGUCCAGUGGAGAAGACCUUGAGCAACAGCCCUGUGAAAUCUGAACGAGAAGUUCUCUUAGUUGGGAUAAUUUCAACAUUUCUCCACGUGCAUCCUUUUGGAGCCAGCAUUGAGUACAUCUGCUCCUACCUGCAGCGCCUGGACAGCAAGAUCUGCACGGCGGAGGUGGAAGUUCUCAUGACACGCCUGCAGAACACGUUCCGGCAGGAGCUGAGUGGGGUUGGGGCCAGCCUGGAGAAGAGGUGGAAGUUUUGUGGCUUUGAUGGGUUGAAAAUGACUUGAGCUUUGACUUAAUGCUGGAAACAGCAGGAUAUGGAUGCUGAGAAAACCCAGGAUGCUCCUCCCUCUGUUCCUGACGAUUCCCUCACAUGACAGCCUCGGGGUACAAAGUGUAAAAGUGAAACCAAGUCCAGAGCAGCACUGGAAGAGCCUCGAAGUUCUGCAGCUCCUUUGAUCAGUUAUUUGUUAAUGGGCAAGCGCUGUUCAAUGUGUUUGGGGAAAAAAGCUCCUGCCUGACCCUUUGAA